CACAACUCUCUCUCUCUCUCUAAAUUAUUGGUUUUUCUUUUGGCUGAUUUUUUCUUUGCUUCACAAAAUAUUCAGACUUUCUCAACUCAUCAGAAAGCACAAAAAUAAAUAAAUAAUAAUAAUGGGGAAUUGCAUGGAAACAUGUUUAUUACACAGAGAAGAAGAAUUAGAGGAUCAAAUUGUUCAUGAACAAGAAAUGGAGGGUGAAAUUGUCAAGGCAGAAGAAAAUGUGGUGGAGAAAAAUAAUAUUAUGAGAAUAAAGAUGGUUUUGAGUAAAGAAGAAUUGGAAAGUUUAUUUGUUCAAUUGAAACUCAAUGAAGGGAAAAGUUUAGAGGAAUUUUUGGGAGAAAUUGAAAUGGAAAGAAGAAUAAGAAGAGAAAAUAGAAAAGAUUCUAAGUGGAAACCUUCUUUAGAAAGUAUUAUAGAGAGCCCAAAAAUUCAAGAGAUGGUGGAUAGAUAAUGAGAUUAAAAAAUAAAAUUAGGUAUGCAAAAUAUCUCGCAUUAGCUGUGUCUCAAAACUGCUCACAUUUUUGUCUCUUUUUUUUUCCUUUGUUCAAUUAUUUUUCUACUGUAAUAUCUUAUAUAUUAAAU